CCCCCCAAAAAACCCCCCCAAAACCGCCCCCCCAAACUAACAGCCCCCUGAAAAAACAGCCCCCCCCAAAACAAACAGACCCCAAACCCCCCCAGGGACCCCCCAAAACCCCCCCACAGGGA